AUGACGUCGCUGUUGAGGGCUCCAUCCCGUCCCCUGUGUUUCCCGACCAGCGGAUGGGACAUAAUCCCUGCGACGGAGAUACUUGACGAAAAGCGAUUCGAUGGAUUCAAGAAGGGGCAAUAUUAUCCAUACCAGGUCAUUAGCAAGCUGGGAUCUGGCGUUACUUCAACUACAUGGCUUGCCCGUGAUCUCGAGGGCCAUCGAUAUGUGACACUGAAAGUUUAUACUCGAGAUGAAGACAACGCAGAAGAGUUCCGAAUCUAUAAUCACUUGAAAGAGCACAAAACAACAGCUCUUGAUCUAUUCACCAUUUCUCGCAAUGGAGGCGAUCAUCACUGUCACGUCCAGCAGCCCAUGUGGGAGAGCUUUCGUCAUCUACUUUAUCGAAAUCCCGCACAUCGCUUUACCGAGGACUUGCUCAAAGCCGGUCUCAUGCAGAUAUUUCUCGCACUUGAUUACCUCUACAUUGAAUGCAAGCUUGUUCAUACAGAUAUCAAGAGCGAUAAUAUUCUGCAAGAAAUUGCGGACAGUUCAAUACUUGAAGCUUUUACCAAAGCUGAAAUGGACAACCCGUCGCCCCGCAAAUUCGUUAAUGGCGCACCAGUAUAUGCUUCGCGGCGUUUUGAACUACCCAAGAUUUUUAGACGCGCAGUAUUGAGUGACUUUGGAUCUGCAGUACGAGGUGAUGAGAAACAAGACCAUGAUGUCCAGCCGAAUGUUUACAGAUCGCCGGAGGUAAUGUUGAUGACCAAGUGGAGCUAUCCCGUUGAUAUCUGGAAUGUGGGUGUUGUGAUUUGGGAUUUAUUCGAAGGAAAGCAUAUGUUCAAUGGAAAUGACCCCGACGAGAAAGGGUACUCUACCCGUGCGCAUCUGGCAGAGGUGAUCGGUCUCAUAGGACCUCCCCCGUUAGAUAUGCUCGAGCGUGAAAAACGAAGUCAUGAUUUCUUUACUGAAGACGGGAAAUGGAAACAAUGCAUAGCCAUACCGCAGACAGGGGGGCUAGAGGCAUCAGAAAACUUUAUGAGGGGGAUGCUCCAGUGGCGCCCAGGAGCUAGAAAGACGGCAAAAGAGCUUCUCAAAGAUCCCUGGCUAAAUGAACAGAUAGAGUAA